AAUCUCACAAACAGUCCUGAACAACAAUGUCGUACACAUGGCCGCCUGCAAGAGUGCAAGAAAACUUUGAUCUGUGAUUGCACUUUUUGUUAAACGAAUGCACGCAUAAACGGGAUCUCCGCAAAGUAACGUGAUAUGACAUUUUGACUACGCUGGCUGGCAUUGCGCAGAUGGAUUGCUUCAAGUCUUUAACGUACGGACUUCUUCGUGGCAUAUACGACUCAUUUUUUGGCAUAGCUAUUUUGAAAGACCUAGACUCUCACGCACCUAAAUCAGAUGCGUCAUCGUCGUCCACUAAAGGAAGUGUGGAAAACUCGACGGGUCAUCAAGAGACAACCCUCUCUCGACGACGAUCGAGUGCACGCCAGGGAAACCCAAACACUACUGGAAACAGUGAACCGAAAGUACGGCAUCGCAUUUUCCAGUGCUGCGUUCUAAACGGAGCAGUCUUUGGACUAAGCAUCGUUGCGUUUAAUUACGUGCUCCUGCCUUGCGUGUACUUUCUGAUCACCCUUCUGUUCGGGGGAAGCCAAUCAACUAAGGCAAUAUGGGGCUGGCUGCAGCCUUUGCUCUUGUACACGUUUCAAACGCUGUGGGUGCUGCCUUUAUUUGUUCUCAGCAAAGUCGUGAACAGUUUGUGGUUUCAAGACAUCGCCGACUUGGCUUACCGUCAGAUACGCGGACGACCGCCGCAACUUCUGCCGAGUUUGAGUCGCAUGUUAGCGGACACACUAUUCAGCAUCCUCGUCCAAGCAUUGUUCUUAAUACAAAGUCAGCUCGUUGCUAUCUUGCCGAUAGGCUAUCUAAGUGAUAUCGUAAGCCUGCUGCAUUUCAGUCUACUGUAUUCACUCUAUGCCUUUGAAUACACGUGGUUCAAUAUGGGCUGGGAACUGCACAGAAGACUGUCCUUCAUCGAGGAGAACUGGCCUUACUUUGCUGGUUUCGGUUUGCCCCUGGCCCUGGCGACGUCGUGGCCCUCGUCAUACUUCAUCAGCGGUUGCUUCUUCUCCAUUCUCUUCCCCCUCUACAUCAUCAGCGGACACGAGGCAGUCCCGGUUGCCGGGACGGCAGUGUUCCGCCUGCAGCUGUUCUCGCCUUCAAUUUGGGUCUCCAACGCUAUCUUCCGACACUUGACAAACAGCUCGGCGACUAACUUUACUCCGCAGGACAAGGUUCAUUCAAUGAAGCGAAGAAGCAAGAAGAGCGCUGUUCCAAUACAAUGAUCUUAACCUGUCGCGGAUGAGUGCGGAACAAUUUUUAGUUAUGUUAGGGAAAGGGCUUUUAACCUUGUGGCUGCUAUAAUGCUCAUACAAAGUCUUAACUUGCUUUUGUGUGUGCGUGCUCGAGGUGGCUAGUACAUACCGUUGAAAGGCACAGCCACGUACCAGUACACACUCCACGGUAUUCGAGUGGUGUAAUUCAGAAAAUGAGGAAUCGAAAUUUAAACAUCGAUGACUUGAGCAAACAAGCAAGAGGCAGGCAAGCUUGUGUAAUUAACUAGUAGGUAACAUUUCCCACUUCCUACAAGUUCAGUGGCCGAUGCAGUGGUUUAAAUGAUCCUGGUUUGGUGGUUGAUGGAAAGCUAACUAAAUGGUGUGAAUCUACGAUGAGCAUGUCAUCAUCCUUUCGCCUACUGAAGUUCAGGAGUGGUCCUUCCCUUAGAAUCUAUGACACAGAGUUUAGGCGCACCACAAAAUAUUUUUGUCACGAAGCCUUUUUGAUCUUCAAAAUGCCUAGUCUGCGCUUUACAUCUCAAACUGUCCAUUCCUUCCAACAGCAUUUAAUCGACUGUCCACUGGUAGAACCGUGCUUUUAACGUUAACGUGGUGCCUUUGCACAUCGACUUACGAGCGCAUGAGAUGGCUUGUCGCUGUACAAAGACAAACUGCUGUUUGGAGUAGGGCAGUGCGACACAAAGUACGUUGAUUACUGAAGCAGACAAACUGUUUUUUUUUUCUCAAAUGUUCCGAAGCAGUUCCCACUCCCAAUUAGUGAUGUUGUGUCUGUAGCUAUUAACAGAGGAGCUGUAACAAUAGUUUGGUGUAUCUUGUGUGUUAGGAUUUUCAAGUGCAGUUUGUACCGUGUGUCACAGAACAAUCAAAACGUGUCCUUUUAUAGCAGUGUACGAUAAUAGAAGCGUUGUUUAGACACGUUAGGAAAUGAGCGAUUUUUACGUGAACACUGGGCACACUUGAUAUGUGACAUUCUAUUUUAGAAAAGGAACGCUGGAGUGUGCACAGCACCACAUAACAGAAUGGUGACGCACAUCAACGGAGCACUCUAAUGUCACUGCUUUGCGACUCAUCAAAAUGGCGCAUUAACGUGUCAGUUUUUAGUGUUCAAGGCUGUACGUGGUGUACGAAACUAGAUGCUCUAACUGUAUUGCUUCUUGAAGCAUGGAAUAAGGGAUCAACUGGUGGCUAGAAUGGCUGUGUGUAAUAUUUGAACGGGACACACUUGGAUAUUUUAGAAUGGUUGCAGAUGUAUGUUCCUGAGCAUGAUGGGGAUGUAUGAACAUGCGUAAUUUAAAUUCUGGCAAGCUGGCAGCUUGCACAUAUUGUUUGCACAGGCUUGCACUGUGGAUGUGGUGCUUGAAUGAGAUCAGUGAUUAUUUUAUGAUAAAAUAAAAUGGAUGCCUUUGUAA